GGAAGCGGCCAGUCAGCCGUGGCAGUCUAGGACGCGCGGAGGGGAUAUAAGCCGAAGGUAGCCACUCGGGAGACCAGUACUGCACCUUGGAUCUGGCGACAUGCACGGGAAAGUUAUUUUCAUCACAGUCGCGUGUGUGCUGGCGCUCGCGCUGGCUGCGCCUGCGCCGGCCGAGAAACCUGACGUGGAAGUAGAGAAGGACCUCGCGGCCGGCGACAAGGGGGACCUGAAAACUGCGGCGUCCCACUGGGGGGGGCACUACGGCGGCUGGGGCGGGUGGGGCUACGGUGGCUACCCCUACUACGGUAGCUGGGGCGGUUGGGGCUGGCCUAGCUACGGCUACGGCGGCGGCUACGGCUACUGGCCCUACGGCGGCUACUACGGACACGGCUACGGCGGCUACGGGUGGUGGUAGACCGAAAUAAAGUAACAAUGACAUGCCAGUAUUAAUGUAAGAGAAAGGUUAAUUCGAAGCGUCGUGUUUCACUCCACUUCCCUCUAUCCUUUGUGAGAGACUGAGAUUUUUCAUUUCUUUAUACGCUAUGUUCUCCUUUUUAAAUGCUGACUUUUAGUUUCUUGUGAGUCAUACUCUGUAUAAUUUAUUAUAUUUGUCUAUUCAUAGUGGGUGUUUUAUAUAAAAGGGUUAUGCAUAUAUAGUAAGUGUGAGUUGUAUUUUAAAAUAAAACUUUUCGUUCUAACCUCAAUCGAACACUGCCACUUGUAUUUCCGCCCCGACAUGAGUUAACCUUUAUGACCAACGAAUUUGAGCCUCAAGAUUAAUUUAUGUCUUGCCUUUACGUGUGUAUCAUAUGUAUAUUGCUAUGUAAGAUUGAAUAAAUAGUUAAUUAAGGAA